AUGGCCGACGUUGUAGAUCCUCUGGAUAAAUUCUCGUCGUACAAGGAUUCUCAGGCUUCAGCUGAUCGUCAGACCCAACUUCAGCUUCUGAAAAAGUCGACGACGCUAACACCAUGUGGAUUCUGCUUUGUGGAAUACUAUAGCCAUGCAGAGGCACUCGCUUGCAUGAAGUAUAUAAGUGGCACCAAAUUGGACGAACGAAUCAUUCGCUGUGACCUGGACGCAGGCUACAAAGACGGUCGACAGUUUGGACGAGGGCGCAGUGGUGGACAGGUCCGAGACGAGCAUCGUCAGGAUUAUGAUGCUGGUCGCGGAGGCUGGGGUGCGCAGGCUCAGAUACAGCAAGAGAAUGAACGAAGGAAGAACAGAGAACAGCUCUACAGUGAUGCCCAAGACGUUCCUGGCGCAGUGGCUGGUGGAGGUGGCGACUGGAAGGAAGGUACCGGCGAGCAGUCUCGAAAGAGGCAGCGCUCUCCCGACGAUGAAGGGGAUGAUAUGCGUGAUGGACCCCGCAAAGCAGAAAGCUGA